GCAAACCUCCUGAAAUUCAAAGCGGGAAACCCCGAAACGUCGACAUUCUAUGGCCGCCAUGACAGAAGGGGAGGUUAUAGAAAACUAUAUUUUGGAUGUUUAUUGUGACGGCAUUUGAGAGUAUUGCGUUGCUCCUACGGACCUGAAACUCACCAGGUACAUACAGUAGUGCAACAUAGAACUAUUGGUGUUAUUGAAAAGUCCAAAUUAGUCACAUUUUGGUCAGUAUAGGGGUAGUAGCAGACGAGAGUACGACAGAAGUGAAUUUUGUUUUUCCCUCCACUGACCUGUCAGGUCUUCCUCUGUGAAGGGGCGAGCUUGGGUACCUGAUCAUCGCAGGUGGCAGCAUACCUACCCGCGGCCAUGGUGGCUGUGGCUAGGAAGAAGUGUACCCGUAUUUCCCCACAUCGAUUACGCCGGCUUGUAAUGCGGACGACAUGAACACACCAUUGGAGGGGGUUGCUCCGACCAACGGUACCAAGGAUAGCAUGGCCGCCGGAUCAGACCCAGAGUCUGUGGAAGCUCCCGUCGCACCAGGUGAUUCCAACUCCUGUCAGCAGACCAGCAACCAAACCACCACCACAGCCUCCAACACAGCCCACCACAGCUACUUGGGUCUUCCCUACCAGCGGAAGUUGGGAGCUAGCAGACACGUUGGACGCGACGACUUGGAUAUCUCAUUAGGGGAUCACAACUACGGUGCCCCUCCGCCCCCCUCCCCACCCCCCUCUCCACAAGCCAUCACGAGGAUCAACGGGGUAGUGGAUGAGAACUCUUCCAACACCAACCUCUCGUCCACGGUCACUGCCGACGAGGACACCUGCGCGGACGACGACGCCGGCAUCACGCGGUGCAUCUGCAACUUCGACCACGAUGACGGCUACAUGAUCUGUUGUGACAAGUGCAGUGUCUGGCAGCACAUUGACUGUAUGGGCAUCAGCAGGGACAGAAUCCCAGAGACCUACCUCUGUGAACGGUGUGAACCAAGGGAGGUGGACAGGCAGAGAGCCGUGGAGAUACAGACCAGGAAGAGGAUUGAAAUGACAGAUGAUGACACGAGCGGGACAGAGAGCGGAGAUGAGAUGCUGACGUACCGGGCGGUGUCCCACACGCCCACCAGUGUCACCAUCACCACCAAGCCCACCAAGAAGGUCAAGAAACGCAAACGGGAGAAGAGCGGCGAGAAAGACCACGAGGGCAGGAAAAAGAAAGUCAAGACAUGCCGGGAUCCUACAAGGAGAGCAUCUAAACCAAAGGUACACCGCACGCCCAAUGGAUUCAACUCUUUGAAUAACGAAGAUGCCAACGAACCCUGGGACUACACCCACGAUGACGUCUACCAAGAGGCCAUUUUCAACCAGUACACCCCAGACCUGGCCUCUUUCCUGAAGUCCAGACAGUAUACUGAGGAGGAUGUGUGUAUCACCUCAUCAGACCAGCUACAGGUGGAGUCAGGGGAAAUAGCCAGCAUUGGCAGUGCCAUGAAGUGUGUCAGGGCCCUGCGGGAUCUCCAUGACAACCAGCCCAUCCUGGAAUACAGGGGGAAGGUCAUGACCAGACAGGAGUUCCAAGACCCUUUCUUCAAGAGGCCACACCCCCAUGUGCUGUUUUAUCCAGUAAACGGUUUGGAAAUUUGCGUGGACGCCCGGAGCUUUGGCAACGCUGCCAGGUACAUCCGACGGUCCUGUACACCAAACGCAGAGGUCCGCCAUGUGCUGUUGGAAGGCAUGAUCCACCUGUGUGUGUACUCACUAGAAGAGAUCAUGAAGGGCACAGAAAUCACCAUCGGCUUCGACUACGACUUUGACACCUGCCCCUGUGAAGUGGAGUGUGCUUGCCAAAGGGAGAGCUGCCCUGUGGCGAAAAGUAAUGCCAAGAAACAAGAACUACUGAAGCAAAAGAGGAAAAGGAACAAAUCUGGCCAGCAGUCCGGCGGAGACAGCGAGUCCAGUACGGGGCGACAGAGGAAGGUCUCUCCACUCCGCGUCUCGCUCAACCACAACGCCUCCACGAACCACAUGACCUCGGAUGGCGAGGAUGAGAGCAAAGAUGUGGAUGUAGAAACUGAGGAGGCCGCUGAGGAAAGAAGAAGAAAGAUGACGCGAGAAGAGCGGAAGUUGGAGAUGGUGAUGCGGACGUUUGAGAAGAUGGAGAAGCGAGCGGCCCGCAGUGCGGCAGCGCACGCCAGGAUCGAGAAACAGAAGCAGACCAAGGCUACUCCCAAUGAGAACAAGGAAGGGGAAGAACCCAUGCCCAAGGACAUGGAGGAUAUUCCCAAACAACAGACUGCCACGCCUCACAGACAGAUUAGAAGGAGACGUCGUAGUCAGAGCCGACGGAACCACGCGGCCCGCGGGAGGCAGCGCCUCAACAGCACCUGCAGCUCGGACAUGCCCAUGUCGCCCAUCACGGAGACGGCCGCGCACACGGAGGUCGUCACCACCGAGAUGGAGCUGAAACUGAGCGCGCCGACCACCCCGGUGUCCGCUCUCUCCCCAUCCAUUCCAUCGCCGUCACUGGCCCAGGAACUCACCGUCUCUACUGUCGCUAGUUCUACCGCGGUCCCACAGCCGUCCCCAGCUGCCUUGGGCAAAGGCUUCAAGUUCCCCAAAACCAAAAAGUUCUUUGUGAAUGAGUGGCUGAAUGAGAAGGCUAACGAGCAGUCUGCCCACAAGCCGCUCCUGAUCAAGACGGAGCCGUCUGACUUCAGCACGGGGACCACCACCUGUCCCGGCGUCUCUACCUACUCCCGCAGCACCAGCAUGACGGCGCGCAGCCCCGGCCCCGCGUACGUGCUCCGACCCGGACACAACGUGCCGGCCAGCGCCACCAAGACUAGGCAGAGACCCAGCCUGGAUUCAAGCUUCGGCUCAGCUAAAAAGCGCUGGCUGCGGCAGGCGAUGAGUGAAGGUGGCAGUAACGGCCCCAGUAGCGGCUGUAACUCACCGGCUCCCAGCGGCGGCUCCCUCAGCCCCGGUCUGACCGGCAUGAACGGGCCAGACAGUCCACAGUGUGUCUCACCAACGGGCAGCGUCUCGUCACUAUCAGGGAAGGAAACAGGAGGAGAACUGAUGACUCCACUGAAGAAGAGACGGCUGAGAGUGUCCAUCUCCGGGGAGGGGAGCAUGUCUCCCAUGCCCAUGACUCCGCCCCCGUCGUCAGGGGAGACGGACUGUGCCACCGCCAAACAACAGGGACCCAGGCCAAAGAUCGUCAUAAACGACGCCAUGCGGAACGGCUUCAAACCCCUGUACUCGCCCGUCACCCCGGUCACACCAGGCACUCCACAGUUCGAGAACAUCUCCUCACCUGAAAACUCCCCUGCUCAUGACCAUGACUUAAACAAUGACUCUAACCCACCUCAGUACUAUGCCUUCCAGGUGGUACUUUCUAAGCAGGCAUCGGUGGACAGCUUGUCUUCGUUGGCAUCCAGCGUGACGUCGGCAUCAGGCCUGGAAAGACAUUUACAGAAGUCAGGUUCUGAGACAAGCCUGCUGCGGGCCCGCAUGUCCAGCCUGGACCUUAAGCACGAGGGGAGAGAAAGCUGCGUGCUCGGGGACUCUUCUUCUUCCAGAGACUUAGUUCCACAGGAGGAGAAGAAGGAAGGAGAGGAAAAUUCCACGGCGGUUACGACGGACUAUUCUGAACCAGCCAACAUUCCAAUGGAAUGUGACCCUUCAGGGAGGGACAGGACCGACUUGUCCAGCUCGUUGUCCGAGUCACAGGUUUCCAUGCAAACUCUGCAGAACUCGUGUUCGUCUCUGAACGAUUCCCACGCCUCGAGCCUGAGCUUGAGCGGCAGCCUGUAUCAGAGGACCUUGUCGGAGAGGCUUGAUACAAGGACUGACUCCCAGAGGGAUGGAGACCCGAGACCCAGGUAUUCCUCUCCCUUCAAAAAGGAGAUGGCGUCGCCGGAGUUCCAUCGGUCGCUCUCGGACGGCACCUUGCUCCAGGACGAGCGGAAAAUGGAAUACGAGAACCGACCGGGACAGAGGUCGAGCGAAUUCGACUCGACGAGAUCGUUGAACUGCUACGGUGAGCCCAAGGUGGUUUCAAGCGAGGAGAGAACUAUUCCAAGUGGAGGGGACUUUCUCAGACAGGAUAGUAGUGUGUCCCUGAGCUCCUCGUUGCCCAGUCUGUACUCGGCGAGAAGUGAAGAACCCAUAGGAUCGGCACCGUCCACACCAGUAAGUCUGGGGCCAGGGCCAGUAGCUGCACACGAAGACGGAGGCUCCAAACCAAUCGCAAAGAGAAAGGUGUCGUUAUUGGAAUACCGCAAGAGGCAGCAGCAGGGACAGAAAGAUGGCAACUCCAGUGCCAAUAGUAGCGCCGCCUCUACACCCACAAAACUGGCCCCGGACAGUGCUCCCUCAACCCCCAUAAAGAGCCCCAUGAUGUCCCCACUCUCCACCAUGCCAUCGUAUGACCACCCAGUGGAGGCCGAGUGUAAGGACAAGGAGAAAGAGCGGAAGGUUGUGGAUGAUCUGGACAAACGAUGGUCUGUACAUUACAUGAGAUUGCAAAGGAGUACUCCCACCUCUGUGGAGAGGAUACGUGAGGAGGACCCCCUGCAGAGGUUCAGACGAGAACUCAGGCAGAGCACCGAGAGAGGCAUGGAGAAGAAAGACAAGGAUAGGAAGGAGAAGGAGCCAGGGCACGUAUACAGCCGCUCGGUGUCUGUGGACAGUAACCACUCUCCUGCCCGGUCCCACUCCCCUGCCCCUCCUCCACCACCACCCAGCAAGCGCACACCCCCUCCCCCUCACAGCAAGCACAGGACGCCACCCCCACCCCCUCCUCCCAAAAACGGCCCCGACGCCAGAUACAACCACGAUAAGCUUUCUGAAGGAGAGACCAAGGAUCCCCGCUGCUAUGUGAAGAGUCCAGUAGCGAGCAGCCCUGUGCAGGCUGGUGCUUCACCGUCCCUGCUAGCUGGCAGCAGAUACAACCCUAGACAGGAGUUCAGGAGCUCCAGUACACAGCAGCAGCAGCAUCAACAGCCCCAGCCCAUCCCUACCACCUACCCAGCCCAGCCACGCUCCAGCUCCUACAACCCUCCAUCCGCCGGGACACAAGGGUACACGGAGCAGCCGCCCGCACCUCCACAACAACCCCCACAGCAGCAGCAGAGCUACUACAGCCGCCCCCAGCCCCAGCAGUACCACCCCACCUCCGCCCCCUCAGGGACAAGCUACCCCCCGCCCCCAGCAGACCUACCCUUCGUACCAGCAGCAGUACCCUUCACAGUACCAGCAGCCGCCACAGUCGUACCAACAGUACCCCGCAGGGGCCCAGCCCGCACAGGGCAGCCAGUACUACACUCAGCAAGCGUACAGCGGAGAGUACCAUCAACAGCAAGCUACCCCCUCUGGGGCCUACGGACAUAACCCCAUUGGCACGACGGCUACCCCCCCUCCCCCUCGCCCCCCGUACCCACAGUCCUACUCAACCAGUAGCUCCUACUACAGACAGUAACCGCUUUGUACAUUGACCAAGAUUGCUUGUGUUAUUUUCCUGGACUUCGUUGUCAGUACGUCUGCCUCCUGUAUGCCUACCAUCUGAGAAAAAAGUCUGUUGUAUAUAUACAAUCCUGUCUGUAUCCUUCCUGCACAGUAACUGUCAGAUAAGCUUGUAAACUUGAGCCUCUCUGUCCAACCUGUCGAUCUCCAGUCUUGGAUCUGUCUAUGUCGUGAGUGUAUAGUACUGUAAAAAAUGAUCUGAUCUCUCUCAACAAAUAAUUCAGGUGUAUAGUAAACUGCUUACAGUAAUGACCAACCUGUAAAAUGCAUUGUUUUUAAGGUUCUUUGGAGUACUUUGCUAACUUUUAUCAUUUUGUGACGGAAUGACCCCCACACCCAGUGUUAUUGAUUGCAUUUGACCCAUGCAAGAUUUAAAUACACAAAGAACUCUGAAUACCAGAGUUUCCUUUCCCCAAGAAAGAUAACUUCGUCCUUGUUUGAAGACGUUCUUAGAACUAGAUGACUGACACUUCCCUCUGUAACUGUACGAACUGUGUAUUCUGUAAAAGUAUUGCACGUUACUAGUCUUUCCAGCUCGGAACCACUACAAGUUAUAUCUUGUAUUAGAAACACAGAAGAGUGUAAGAUUGAAGGUGUUUAACUUGUAUAGAAUCCUGUAUACUUUGUCCACACAAAGUAUACAACCAAUUGCUUCACGCUCUGACAUUUUGUUCCUAACAUUCCAUCAAAAUUGAUGUAGCAAGAUUUUCUCUUUCUCAUGUCAGAACAUAGCGUGAAGGUCUACUCUAGACAGGAGUAGCAUGUGUGCUAGUGAUAUCGUUCAUAGGAUGUUUUUUGCCUUCUAUGUUUGGUUCCGUUUGUUUGGCUUUGCUUAGCAUUGAAGAAAAGUAGUAGUGGCAGAAGAUUUGUGUUCAAGUAGGUGGGGGGGAUGCGUUUAAAAAAAUAUCCUAACACUAAUAUUUCUGUUGCAAAUAAUUGGAUAAGUGUUGUAUCUCCAUCCUUCUCUGAGUGAGUAUCGGUAAAGAUGCAUGUUCCUUCAGGUUUAAGUCUUCUUGCUAAUUCUGGUGUAAAAAUGGUCAAAAAAGGUGUAUACACCUGCUUCAUAGUAUAACUGUUCUACUGUACAUGUACAAUUGUUGUUGUCUACUAUGUGUAUAAAAUUCCCAUAGGAUGAAAAUGUAAAGGAGAUAUUUUUGAUAGUACAUGGGUUCCACCUGUAAUAUGGUUUAAAAAAAAAAGAAUAAUGUAAUGAUUUGUCUACAUUGUAGAAAGCAGUACAUUGUAGUUGGCAUUUGGAGGCAGUUUUAGUACCACAUGGUGUAGUGUUCUAUGUAGUCCGUUCUGUAGCAACCAAAUUGCAUGAUUUUAGCCUGAAUGCUGUACAGAGAGUAACUCAAUUUUUUUUUCGGCACCAUCUUGGCUGUAUAUGAGCGUCUGGCUUUCUAAUGGAAGACUUUGUGUACAAAUAAAAUCUGCCCGGGAAAUGG